AUGCUCGACGCGCUCAAGUUCUUUCUCUUCGUCAUCCUGCUGCUGGUGACGAUCAUGCUUAACCAGCAUGUGACGUCCAAGCGAUCCGCCGAGCUCGAUCUCGACCUGCUCUGGCAAAUACAGGACAGCAAGCCGGAUUACGUCAUACCGAACCAAACGCUCCCAUCGGGAGUCUACACGGCGCUGGAGCAGAGCAUGGUCAUCGGUUCCCUGCUGGAGGACUACAACGACGUCAAUACGAGCUGGGUCGGCCGGACCGACUGGAUAUACCGGACGAAUCUUUCGUGCCUAGCAAAAGAUUACAACUACGUUCUGCUCACGUUCCACGGUGUGGACACGUUCGCCACCAUACAUCUGGGAGACCGGAAGCUCGGUACGACCGAUAACAUGUUCGUUCGGUAUCGGUACGAUAUCAGGGACUUGUGCGAUGGCAGUACGCAUGAGCUGAGGGUUGAGUUUAGGUCGCCGGUGGUUGAGGCAAGUGAGCGGGCAAAGUCGCGCGACGCAGCACUGCCACCGAUCGUGCCGGAAUGUCCACCGGGUGUGUACAACGGCCACUGUCAUAUGAAUCUGAUCCGCAAGAUGCAAGCUAGCUUCGCGUGGGACUGGGGCCUAGCCGCACCGUCCAUGGGUAUCUGGAAACAGGUGCGCCUCGAGUAUUACAGCUCCGCGCUGAUCCGCGACCUAACGGUGGUGAUUAGCGAGGCGGAAGACAACCUGUGGGCGAUCGUGGUUGGCGUGUACCUCGAGACCGGCCUCGCCAGCCAGAAGAUCGACGGGGUGCUCACGUUCAAAAUCAUUGGAGUGCCGCUGGCGAACGACAACGAGCAGUCGCUGAGCGUCAUGAAGACGACGGAUGCGCAGGGCGAGCUGUACAUCGAGCAGCGGCUGACGGUGCGCCGAAACGCGGUCGAACGCUGGUGGCCCAAUGGGUACGGCAAACAGGUCCUCUACAGUCUGUACGUCAAAUGGGCGGACGCGGCGGUCAACAGCGUCAAACUGCCUCAUCCGGACACGUACAUCUCGGAGAAGGUGAUCCGCAUCGGCUUCCGGACGGUACAGGUGAACCAGGAGCGUGCGACCGACGGCGGGCUGAUGUUCUACUUUAAGGUCAACGAUGUCCCGAUCUUCGCUAAGGGUUCAAACUGGAUUCCCUCGUCGGUGCUGCCUGAGCGCUCCUACGAUGCGAACUACGUGAAGUUCCUGCUGUAUGCCGCCCGCGAUGCACACAUGAACAUGCUGCGCGUGUGGGGCGGCGGACUGUACGAGAGCGACCACUUCUACCGGCUGGCGGACGAGCUGGGCCUGCUACUAUGGCACGACCUGAUGUUCGCCUGCUCGAUGUAUCCGACCGAGCCGGACUUUCUGCGCACGGUGCGCACCGAGGUGCGACAGAACGUGCGCCGCAUCCAGUACCACCCGAGCGUGGCGGUGUGGGCUACGAACAACGAGAACGAGGUGGCCCUGCGCCAGAACUGGUACAAGACGCAGGCCAACUACAGCGUCUACUACGAGCAGUACGUCGAGCUGUACGUGCGCACGGUGCUGCCGGAGGUGGAGGCGAUCGACAGGUGGCGUACGGUGCUCGUCUCCUCACCCUCCAACGGUGACCAAUCGCUAAAGGAGGACUACAUUGCGCAGAACCCGCAGGAUCCGCUGUACGGCGAUGUGCAUUACUACAACUACUUCCUGGACGGAUGGGAUGCGGCGCUAUAUCGUGGCGGGCGGUUCGUGUCGGAGUACGGGUACCAGUCGUUCCCGGCGUUCACCAGCUGGCCGGAGGCGCGCAGCUACAGCGCGACGGAGCUGGGCGAGUUGAUCCGGCACCGGCAGCACAGCCCGCUCGGCAACGAGCCGAUUCUGAAGAUGAUCGAGUACAACCUACCGGUGCCGUCCGACCCGGCCGCGACCAGUUACUGGCCGACACUGAUUUACCUGAGCCAGCUGUCCCAGGCGAUGAUCGUGAAGGCGGAGACGGAGGUGUACCGGGCGCACCGCAACGACUACCACACCAUGGGCGCCCUGUACUGGCAGCUGAACGACGUCUGGAUCGCACCGUCCUGGUCGUCGAUCGAGUAUGGCGGCACGUUCAAGCUGCUGCACGUUUGGCUGCGUGCCAUCUUCGCCCCGGAGCAUCUGGUAGCGUUCGUAAACGCCAGGCGGGAGCUGGAGGUGUGGGCGAUACGCGACACCCUCGAUCCGUCCGCCGACGAGCUGUGGGACGUCGAGCUACGCCUGCACCGCUACGGUAGCUUCCAGCCGGUCGACAAGAUCAAACACCAGGCCAUCCGCGUGCCACCGAACUCGGUCGCAAUCGUCGUCAAAUGGGACGUCUAUGGGUACCUCGCAAAGAAGGGGCUGCGGCCGGCCGACCAUCUCCUGCUGCUCGUUGCCAGCCGCUCCGCCACUCCCGACGGCCAACCCCAGCAGCUGGCGGAAAACUUCGUCCUGCUCGACAAGCUGAAGAACGUCCGAAGCGCUAUGACCGCGCCGACCCUCGUCACCGUGAGCGUCGUGUCGGCGGUCUGCAGCGAUCGCAACAACCUCACCAGCGUCAGCCUGGAAGUGUCCGUCCGUGCACCGGCCCUCUUCGUCUACCUGCAGCUAACACCGGAAAACAGCACCCUCAAGCAGUGCCAGUUCUCCGCCAACGGCUUCCUGCAGUUUCAACCGCUGCGCACCGUCCAGCUGACCUGCGUCGAUCCGGGGUGCCGCAGUAAGAUCCUGGCACGCGACAUUACCGUGCAGACGGUCAAUGAGCUGCUCGCCCAUUAGAGUGGCUUCGUCCGCCAUACCAUCAGCUUUUGAUAAAAGGCCGAAGGGUUAUAUAUAGGAGUGAUGAAAACAAAUUCCUGACACUAAAACGAAACCCUUUCGCCGCCAAACUGUAAUAUAUCAACUACUAACCUCCCCCCCCGAAGAACUAGGACACAUACAUUUACGUACAUA